CUUCAAAGAAAGUCUAGUUUCAAUGAUCUUCUACAUUUGAUCAUUUCCUUAUAUUUAUUGAAAAAAACAAACCAGAAUGCGGCCUAGACUCCAGAUCAAGUUUGUGACGGAACAGAUACAAUAUCUGGAGGAACAGAUACUUGUUGUUGAGCCAGUCAUUAGUGCAAUGAAAGAUGCAAUAGAGAAAAGCAAGACGUGGCUGGAAGAUAAAGAAGGAAAUCUCUCCACAAGCUACAGUGAGAUAUCUCAGCAACUAGACCAGGCAAAUGUAGCGCUCUUAAAUGUUGCCUCGGACAUUUUAGCACAAAACAUUGACGAAACAAAACAUGAAACAAAACAUAAUUUGCUUCCGUCUGACACACAACAAAUUGAAUCAGUAAAACAACUGUGUUUAGAAUCGACACAACAAUUCAACAAGCAAAUCCAGCAUUUAACAGACCAAUAUAAGGAACUGAUGAACACAUUCGAUGCAGUUGUAGGAGAUAUCUCAUUGAUAAAAGAAAACACUAAUCGAAUCGAAAAAACACAAACCAAGAUGGGAAAAGAAAUAGCAGAUAAUGAAUCAAUUCAACAAGAGAAUUUCAGAAUGGUAAAAACUGAACAAGAAAAAAUAUCAAAUAAAAAUAAAAAUCUAAUUAGCCGAAUCAAGCAGCAAGAGAAGAGAUUGGACGAGGCCGAGAAAACAUUAGAGGUAAUAAAGUCGUCAGAUGAAAAUAAUAUGAUUCAACUCAACACACUAUCUAAAGAAAUAGCUGAGACAAAAAAUUGUGUUUCUAAUAUGGAGAAACAUGUAGACUUACUCACUACAAAAGUGUUUGGGAAAGAUUUAUCCAUUCAAGAUUUAUCAGCACAAGACAAGGACAGCGUCAUGGAGCUAUUGGAGAAAACAAGAGAAGCUUUUAGGGAGAUGGACGAACAAAACACUAAAUCUGCUGAUAACUUAAGGAACAAGUGUGAAGAUUUGAACAAGAAAAUAUCUGACAAAUCUAAAUCCAUGAAUGGAAAGGUAUGUAGCUUAUAA